CCACUCUGUCUUUUCAUUUUAAUUGUGUAAUCUUCCCUUCAGUACGCAAAAGCCAUAAACCUAAGGGUUUCCCACCUGCGCUCGCCGGCCUCCUCUCUUCCUCUGCUCUCCACCGCCAUCGUCGGCGGCAAUUUCCUCCUCCUCCUUCGACCUCAUCUCCAUCUGGGUAUCUUCUUGCCGACGGCGGGACCCAUUUUCGAUCCGUGAGAAGGAGCCCGGAAAUGGGGAGCACGGCGGUGGAGAAGAGCGAGGAGGAGCUCCGCAAGGAGAUCGACGAGCUCCAUCGCCAGCAACGCGAGAUAACGGAGAGGCUUCGAGACCCGAGGGGCCUUCGCAGAGGGGGGUUUCCUGGUGCCGGCCCUCGUAACGUGGCCGCCAAUGGAGCUCGGCAGCGCGGUUUCGUUCGCCCGGCCGAGAGGACCGAGAACGAAGAUCAGCCUCCUGUCAAGCGCCGCCUUUUGUCCGCAGUCGUCAAGGUGGAAGACGGAGAGAUCAUAGAGGAUGCUGGAGCAGCAAAGGAUGUGAAGAUGAGGGAUCCGUUGGUGGAGGGAGAUGCCAGUGCAAAUCAAGUUGAUAAGAAGCCAUCUGAUUGGCAGCAGGGCAGUAGGUCAAGGAGAGAUUUCACUCAGCGAACAGGAAAGAUGGAAUUUGAGGCUCCGGAAACGGAACCUCUUCCAAGGGUUUUACCAAAGAAUGAGGACCCUAGCUUGGUCAAUCGGAAUAAAAGAAUGCUGGGUCAGCUUCUAGGAACUUUGGAGAGAUUCAGAAAGGAGGACAUGCAACUGUCAGGAUCUGAUGCAUUUAUGCGGAGGUCAAAUUCUUUACAAAGAGCUGAGCAAAGAGCGCGUGAAGAAAGUGAAAAGCUGAGGCAGCAAGAGCGUGAGCAAAUUGCAGAAAAGAGAAAGCAAGAUUUGACUCUUAGGGCACGAAUUGCUGCCAAGGCAGAAGAAAAGAAGUUGGAGUUGCUGUAUUUGCACUGGACUGAGCACCAUAGAAAACUUAGCAAUUUUAUAAGGACUAAAACAAAGCCGUCCAUAUACUAUCUACCUGCAAAACCAUUUGAGAAAGAUGCAACCUUGAUCGAGCAGCAAAAGGAGCAGGAUUUCCUGGAGUGGAAGAACACUAGGCGACAGGAGCUAUCUGAAUAUCAGAAACAGAUUGGCGAUCAGUAUAUUGCAAAUGUCGAGAAGCAGUUGGAGAGGUGGCAAAAUGCAAGGAAAGCGAGAAAAGCAAAUGAUGAUCUGAACUUACAGGAAACUAUGGAUAAAGAGUUGGAAACCCACAGGCUGGAGCAUGGACCCAAGACCAGGAAAAUCCCCGGUGCAGGUAGUAAUGAGGAUGAGGACGUUGAAGACAUUAACGUUGGAGAGGAUGACCUGAUGGACGAUGUGCUGGAUGUCGACGAGAACCCCCGCAGAGGUGAUGAAAUAUCCAAGGCUGAAGCAGGUAACGCCAGUCCACAACCCGAUAAUACUAAUCACUAAGCUAAUGAAGCCAGUAUCUUACCGUGCCGUUUCACUCUGAGUAAUUCCCUUUCACCAUGCCUUUUGUUGGUUAGUUAGGUACUCUUUUCGUAGUGCUUAUAUUGUUGCUUUAUUUUCGUUUAAGUUUCCCCUGGAUAUGAAUCAUGCCUUGUGUAUCCCAUGUGAGAUUUAGAUCAAGCCAGUACUUCCAUUGGUGUGAGAUCGGAGUGAUACAUAAGUCUUUUAGCAAUGCUGUCAGUUGCAUCUCGAUGUGAACAGCAUUGUACUUUUGAUAUCAGGGUUAUAUUUUUUGUUAA